UUCCUCUCAAGGGAAUUUGUCCUGGAUGAAAACUAGGGACUGGACCCCCAGGCUUGUUGGCGUCUCCCUGUCUGUGCUAUAGAAGGAAAUUCACUUUGCACUGACAGCUCUCAGGAUGGACUCGUACCUGAUCCAAGUGAAUGGCCAUGGAGAUCAUGCCCCUAUGCUAGAUGUUCAUCUCAAGAACACUGGGAGCACCAUAUCACCAGGGAAGGUGAAGGGUCGGAAGCCAAGAUGGGCCAUCAGGGCUUCUGAAAUGUCAAAGAAGACUUUUAAUCCUGUUCGAGCCAUUGUAGACAGCAUGAAGGUGGAGCCCAACCCAAAGAAAGCCAUGAUCUCCUUGUCCUUAGGAGACCCGACGGUCUUUGGAAACCUUCCCACAAAUGAUGAAGUCACACGGGCUGUGAAGGAGGUUUUGGACUCAGGACAGUACAAUGGUUAUGCUCCAUCUGUUGGCUACCAGUCCUGCCGGGAAGCUGUGGCUGCAUACUACAACUGCCCGGAGGCACCACUGAAGGCCCAGGAUGUCAUCUUAACAAGUGGCUGCAGCCAGGCCAUAGAGCUUGCCUUGGCAGUGUUGGCCAACCCAGGCCAGAACAUCCUGGUGCCACGGCCUGGCUUCUCCCUCUACAAGACUCUAGCAUUGUCUAUGGGGAUAGAGGUCAAACUCUAUAACCUCUUGCCAGAGAAGGCCUGGGAAAUUGAUUUGGAGCACUUGGAGUCCUUGGUGGAUGAGAAAACAGCUUGCCUCAUUGUGAACAACCCAUCGAACCCCUGUGGCUCUUUGUUCAGCAAGAGCCACCUCCAGGAGAUCCUGGCAGUGGCAUCAAGACAGUGUGUGCCCAUCCUGGCUGAUGAGAUCUACGGAGACAUGGUAUUUGCUGACUGCAAGUAUGAACCCAUUGCAACUCUCAGCACCAAUGUGCCAAUCUUGUCCUGUGGUGGCUUGGCAAAGCGAUGGCUCGUCCCUGGCUGGCGGAUGGGCUGGAUCCUAAUUCAUGACAGGAGAGACAUCUUUGGUAAUGAGAUCAGGGAUGGCCUUAUAAGACUGAGUCAAAGGAUCCUAGGACCCUGUACAAUUGUCCAAGGAGCACUGGAGCGUAUCUUGCACCGAACACCACCUGAGUUCUACCACAACACCCUAAGCAUCCUCAAGUCUAAUGCUGACCUUUGUUAUGCUGCCUUAUCAGCUAUCCCUGGCCUUCAGCCUGUGAGGCCUGCUGGAGCCAUGUACCUGAUGGUUGGGAUUGAGAUGGAGCAUUUCCCGGAGUUUGAAAAUGAUGUGGAGUUCACCGAGCGGCUCAUCUCGGAGCAGUCUGUGUUCUGCCUGCCAGCCACGUGCUUUGAGUACCCAAACUUUUUCCGCGUAGUGAUCACCGUGCCUGAGGAGAUGAUCUUGGAGGCCUGCAGUCGCAUUCAGGAGUUCUGUGAGAUGCACUACCAGGGUGCUGAGGGGGCUCAGGAUCUGGAGUGUGACAAGUAGCUACAGCUGACCCCCUGCCUCUGUCAGGCUAGACCUUGUAUGAGGCAGCAAGCCUCACCCUGCCUGUAAGCAGUCACUGUCCUGCUGCUUCACUUUUUGUGCUCCACAGACUCCUCAGCAUUAUGGAAGGAAGAUGACACUUCUCUCUCCUCCUCCACUAGAGCUCGCACACCCCCUUGCUUCCAGUCCCCCAUAUCUCUGUAGACUCAGCAUCUGUGCCCUGUCUUGGUCUGUGCUACCUGUGAACCAGCUGCAGGCAGGGGCAGAAGGUUGUUCCUGAGCUGGGCCCUGUGACAAAAGCCCUGUUGGCCUGUGGCUCCUGUGCUGGCCACAAUUCCCCUUGGGGAGAGGAGAAGGCUGCUGUCUUGGAGGAUAAGAGAAAAGCACCCACAUCUCACUUACCUAUGUUACCUUAGGAGUCCAGAGCUCUUUAUACUGAGCCCUUUGUGUGAUAAAGGGAGUAAGUUAUUGUAACUUUUUUUAUUAAUAAAAAUUCUGACAUGGCAGUCGUGCACUGUC